AUGUAUCAAGGAACGCCAACGCAAAGCCAACCACCUACCAGAGAACCAAAGUUACCUCCAAAAGAUGAUUCUCAACCAUGUCUCCGCGAAGCAUGUCAAAUUCAAACAUGCUUGCAAGAGAAUGAUUUUCAAGAGGCACGUUGUCAAAACGCAAUUGAUAAAUUACUUCAAUGCUGUGAAAAGUUACUAAAGAGUGGGGGCAAAUCACCAAGUUGUUCUAGUUUCCUCUUUCGACAACAUCCAUUUAUAGCAGACCCACGACGGCAUACGCUCCUUCUAUCAACAACUCUAAUUCCACGAGUCCUUAUUAUCACCAAAUACAGCCCCCCAGUUCUUGACCCGCAAUCGCAAACCAUGGCCCAACCACCCAUACAGAAAGGAAAUAUGUCCGCUCCUUGGUUCGGUCAAAAUUCAAUGCUGCCUUCCUCUUUUAGUCCAUAUCAACCUUCAAAUGGUUCAAGUAAGUCUGAAUGA